UGUUCUGGGGCAGUCUGACAAAGAGAAGUCAUGCAGCGGCGCCACUAGGACCUCUGACCACCACCAGCAGGCAAGGGCGUGAAGUGUCUUGCCCAAGGACACAACAAUAAAGGCGGAUGGAGUGGGAAUCAAGCUACUAUUUGAUCCCUGAAUUAUAUAUUAAAUGAAAUUACUCAUCUAAUACAAGUAAGGUAGCUAUAACUGGUAAUCUUUUUUACAAAAUCACACUUAAUAAAUUCCAAACAAUCCCUUUACGUGUGUGGUCAGCCUUAUUGGAUUUUGGAGUCCUGAAAUCACAUACUGAAAUAGGCACAUUUCAGUAUGUAUCUAUGUUUAUGACAAAACACAACACACUGAAAAACUUAAAAACCUGUUUUGUUCUCUUUUCAAAGCAAUGGAAGUCGUUUUUUUUUUGUUGUUGUUGUUUUUUUUUGGGAAGGGGAAACGUAGUGUUUACAGAAGUGGCAGUUGUCAUUAACCUUUUGGAAACCACUACACAUAGGUCUCAAGAAGGGUCUUUGAACGCAACAGCAGUCCGAUUCCUAGAAAAUCCGCUCCGGGUCUUCCUAUGAUCCGACCGGACUCCAUGUUGUUCUGUCAGCUUCAGAGCGAGCAAGUGCACUGGCCGAAAACUCUCACGUUGCAGUUUUCGGUGCCUGACAAGAAAAAGUUGUUGCAGACUCUCCCCGAGGGUGUAGCCCCUUCAGAAAAAUAUGGCAGACUACCGGGAUGACAACGGAGCUCGGGCUCUGCUUGCAUUACAGUCGGCGCCGUGUAGCCCCGUGCGCGUCGCGGUGACCUCUCACUCCUAUCACCAGCCCUCGCUCUCUGUCUUGGGUCCUCCAAUAAUGGAAGCUCGCUGCGAUGCCGGAGGUUUUCCUGCAAGGCUCUCUUCUACUCCUCCGCAGGCCCUUGCGAGGCUCGAGGGCCGGGACUUUGAGUUUGUCAUGCGCCAGAGGACGGUCACCAUAGGCCGGAACUCGUCCCACGGCUCGGUGGACAUCAACAUGGGUCACUCGAGCUUUAUUUCAAGGCGACACCUGCAGAUAACUUACGACGAGGCGGGUGGCUUCUCUCUGCGGUGUCUGGGGAAGAACGGCGUGUUUGUUGACGGCGUGUUCCAGCGGAGAGGAGCUCCGCCGCUACCGCUGCCCAGAGAGUGUGUGUUUCGGUUUCCCAGUACCGUCAUCAAGAUCCAGUUCACGUCACUCCUGGAAGUGGAGGAGCACAGGGAGAAGGAGCAGCCCUCUCCCCCGCCCCGCCCGCUGCUGCCCCACAUCUCCCCUCUUAAGAUCAGCAUUCCCACCGUGCAGCAGCAUGAAGAGCACAUCAGGGCGUUUGGCUCCCCGCUGCCGUCACCCACCGGCACAAUCAGUGUUCCCAACUCCUGCCCUGCUAGCCCUCGAGGGGCAGGGUCAUCAGGGUAUCGCUAUGGACGCAAUGUGACCUCCGACCUUCAGUUAGCUGCAGAAUACGCUGCGAAGGCUGUAUCUGAGCAGAGGCGAAGUCUUGCUGAGCACAGAGGUGGGGGAAGUGAGCAGCGUGUGGAGUCGGUGGGCGGAGACAGCCCCAAGGAUGAGUCCAAGCCUCCGUAUUCCUAUGCACAACUGAUCGUCCAGGCCAUCUCUUCAGCUCCAGACAAACAGCUUACCCUCAGCGGGAUUUAUGCCCACAUUACCAAACACUACCCCUACUACCGCACUGCAGACAAGGGCUGGCAGAACUCAAUCAGACACAACUUGUCUCUGAACCGCUACUUCCUGAAAGUAGCCCGUUCUCAGGACGAGCCUGGGAAGGGAAGUUUCUGGCGCAUCGACUCAGCCUCUGAGAGCAAGCUGGUGGAACAAGCCUUCAGGAAGAGACGGCAGAGAGGCGUGGCCUGCUUCAGGACUCCGUUCGGACCUUUGUCGUCACGAACCAAGAGUGCACCGGCGUCUCCCACCCAUCAGGGGCUGCUGUCCCCUUCGUCCAGUGGGCUGCAGACUCCUGAGUGUCUGAGCAGAGAGGGCUCUCCCAUCCCUCAGGACCACCAUGAGCAGCUGGCCAGCAAACUGGCGUCUGUGCCGGAGUACAGGUACUCCCAGAGCGCCCCAGGCUCCCCAGUCAGCGCUCAGCAUGUCAUCAUGGCUGCCCCCCCCCACCCAACUGUCCUGAAGCCCAUCAACAUGCUUCAGAGUGCCCCGCAGCCUUCCGUCACCAUGGUGCGUGUGGUCACCAGCGCUCCUCUAGUGCCUGCCCCCCCUAAUGGCUACAGCACUUUGACUGUUGGAGGACUGGAGAGCAACAGCGACAUCAGAGAUGCCCAGCAGAACAGAGAGUUGGUGAUCCAGACGCUGGACAGCGUGGUGCAGGCUGGAGAGGGACGCCAUGUCACACCGGGGUUACACCAACUUCCUGUCCGUCCUGUUACCCAGAAUGGCAAACACAUCACUGCUGCUGUUCCCACAGUAACCAGCUUUGCCAAUUCAUCUGGCCUGAGCAGCCCCCUGCAGAUCCUGGCUGCCCAGGCAUCCAGCUCCCCCCCGGUGCUGGUGGGCCGGCAAUCCGGUGGAGACGCCUCCUCUAGAUCAGCAGGUGAGCCGCUGGCGAAGCGGCCAAAGAUGGAGGAUGAAGGAGAGACUGCAUCUGCUCAGCACCAAGCUACAUCUGCCCCGCAGCCUGUUAUUGUUACUAUGACGUCACAAACCCAUGAGCCCCGACAAUGAAACCUGGGGUCUCUCACCAGGUAUCCAACGGGCAUCCUGUCAUCUCCUGAAUGUUUUGCCUUUUGACAUAAAUACGACUGUAUUUGUUGAAUGGAAUGAAUUUGGUCAAAAUGACAUAAAAUGUAUAUUUGUUCUACAUUUUAGAGGCGAGUGAAUCUGGCUUCAGUUUGUUUCAUCUUCCGUUAAUCAAAGGAAACUGAAGAUAAUUAGGCCUGAUGAGCAAAAUGGUUUAGCACUGCUUUAACUUUCUAAACAAUGGAGAUAGGAAUGUGGUGGAACUCCAGCCAAAGACCCAUCCUUGACUGCUGCAUUGGUUAGUUAGUUUGAAUAUGGAGACUCAGUGCAGCCUGUUGAAUCCGGCAGCACAUUAACCAGGUUUAUGUCACCUGGGAGACCUGGAUCAUGACUGUAGUUUUAUAAAAGAAGCAAUAUUCCUAGACAGUAAAAUGAGACCCAAAUCCCCCAAAAACAAACAGGCUCAGAGAAAUAAAAGUAUGAAUAUUAACCUUAAGACCAGAAUGUAAUACCUCUUGCCUUCUCAUAGAAGCAAAAAAAAAAAAAAAAAAAAGGAUGUUGAGGAAA